UGGGGGGUCAGUUAGGGGGAUAUCCCACCAACCAAUCAUGACUCACCGCGCCGACCAAUCAGAUGACAGGCAGCGUUCUCUUCCUGUUUGGCCGAGGGCUUCAUUAUCGGUCAGUUACACACGGCCGAACAUCAUGGGAGGGAUCAAACAAGAGCAGAGUGAUGCUUCACAUCAGCCCAGACCUUCACAUUCAGCAGAGCAACCACAAGAAGAGCCAAAGAAGAGAGGCUGGCCAAAGGGAAAGAAAAGAAAGAAGGUGCUACCAAAUGGUCCCAAAGCACCAGUGACGGGAUAUGUCCGCUUCCUGAACGAACGCAGAGAACAUAUGCGGGCCCGAUACCCCGACUUACCUUUCCCAGAAAUCACCAAGAGACUGGGAGCAGAGUGGACACGGUUAGCCCAGAAUGACAAACAGCGCUAUCUGGAUGAGGCAGAACGGGAGAAGAUGCAGUAUGCCCAGGAACUGAAGGAAUAUCAGCAGACUGAGGCCUAUCAGAUCACCAGCGCAAAGAUUCAAGACAAGAGGAUCAAGAAAGAAGACGCACCAUCUGUCAUCAUCAGUACUAGUUCAGAGCCGUCUUUAUCAAAGGCUUCUGACCUUCCAAGCAGAUUCGACAUCCCCAUCUUCACAGAGGAGUUCCUCGAUCAGAACAAAGCGCGAGAGGCUGAGUUGCGCCGGCUUCGUAAGGCAAACAUUGAGUUUGAGGAGCAGAAUGCAGUGCUUCAACGCCACAUUAAGGACAUGUACAACGCUAAAGAGCGCCUGGAGGCUGAGCUUGGGCUGGACGAGAAGCGAACACAGGCUCUGCACCAACACUUGGUGUCCAUUAAACACACACUGGUCAACAGUCUGUCAGCAGUACCCCUGCCAGGCACAGGUGAGACGGCAUCUCUUGGGAACCUGGACUCAUACCUGAGUCGUCUCAAUGGAGCGCUGGAGGGAAACCCUCACAAGCAUCGUGCCCUGCUCAGCCAGCUUUGUGAAGUCCUUUCUCAUCUGGACAGUGAGAAGUUAUGAGGGCACUCCUUUUCAUCCUGACACACAGGGACACAUGGCCGCUCUGUCAGUGCCAUUCAACAGAGCAUGUGGAUAUCUCAAGGAGAGUAAAGACGAGGGUACAAAUACUUAAAAAUACCACACACACAGUCCUGUCUACAUGCCUCUACUCUAUGAAUAUAUGAAUUCUGCAAUUCAUGAGUUUAUGUGACUGUAAAUCUGCGUGGCAGUGUUGAGGCUUUUAACAGUUCAGGAAUUUCAUCAUAUGUAGUUUUAUCUUCUGAACUGUGUUUAAAUUUGGAUUGACUGCAGCCCUAUUGUGUAGUUUUAGCAAAUGCCACAGGCCCCUGACCUGUCCAACAAGUCGAGCCUGUUUAUUAGAGUUUACAGUAAAUGCCAUUUGGUAUUUGGUGGGUGGGGACUGUGUUCGUAGUGUUAUCGAGUGCAUGAAAAAAUGUAAAUGGUGAAAUAAAAUGAUGGAGUGUACAUGUUUUGGAUUUACUAGCGGGUUGUUAAAUGGACAAGCAGUGUCACAUGUUGUCAGAAUAUUAUUAUAUAUUUGUGAAGUAUAUUUGUAUUUUCUGAAAUGUUCAUUAAACUACACUGAAAACAUUUCCAACAAAA